AGCUGGUCAACCACCUCCGUAGCCUGCUAGACGACAUAGCCGAAAGAUUCAAGCUAUUUAUACGCUUUCGGUGUAUAUUACCUACUGUGUUUUACACACACUUCUGUCGUAUCUACUUGUUAACCUAUUUAAUUUAAUAUUACGUUAUUUUGUAUUAGUCUGCUAUAGUAGCUGGCUGGUUAAGUUAGCACUAGCCUAGUCGCUAAUGAUAGCUACAACCGACGCUAACAUCCCCGACCAUGAGCUCCCUGAACUACUCUCAUCCUGUUGAAGAAGAGGAGGUCUGCUGGCCGGAGAAAGAAACUCUGGGGCUGAACAUUGUCGUGAAAGAGGAGGAUGUUACAGUAAAACAAGAAGUAGAUGGUGUUACAGUGAAAGAAGAAGAGAAGGACGUUCCAGUGAAAGCAGAGGAAGACGCGUUCAGGGUGAAAGAGGAGGAGUAUGUUACUGUGAAAGAAGAGGAGGAAGAGAAAGGGGAGGAUGUAGCUUUUGAAGUGAAGAAGGAAGGGGAGAUUACUGUCACAUUGAAAGAUGAAGAGGUGGAGAUAGGAGAUCUGAUUAACACCAGAGAGAGACAUGACUAUCGUGGAGCCUCUAGGGUGCCUCAACAACCUCAUGAUGCUGAAGAGGCAGAGAAGAGUCUCUCCACAUCAGAACACCUCAAGAAACAUCUGCGGAGAUCCACAUGGAAGAGAACUCACUGCUGCCCUGACUGUGGGAAGAGCUUCACCUCAUCAGGCAUUAAAAUUCAUCAGAGAAUCCACACAGGAGAGAAACCUUAUUGCUGUGAUCAAUGUGGGAAGAGUUUUACUACAUCUGGCUCUCUGACAGUGCACCAGAGAAUACACACAGGAGAGAAACCUUAUAGCUGUGGUCAAUGUGGGAAGAGGUUUACUCAGUCAAACAGCCUGAUAUCGCACCAGAGAAUACACACAGGAGAGAAACCUUAUAGCUGUGAUCAAUGUGGGAAGAGUUUUACUACAUCUGGCUCUCUUACUUUACACCAGAGAAUACACACAGGAGAGAAGUCUUAUAGCUGUGAUCAAUGUGGGAAAAGUUUUAUUCAAUCUAGCUAUCUGACAAUGCACCAGAGAAUACACACAGUAGAGAAAUCUUACAGCUGUGGUCAAUGUGGGAAGAGUUUUUGUCAAUCUAGAGAUCUGACAGUGCACCAGAGAACACACACAGGAGAGAAACCUUAUAGCUGUGGUCAAUGUGGGAAGAGUUUUAUUACAUCUAGCAUUCUGACUCGACACCAGAGAACACACACAGGAGAGAAACCUUAUAGCUGUGGUCAAUGUGGGAAGAGUUUUAUUACAUCUAGCAUUCUGACUCAACACCAGAGAACACACACAGGAGAAAAACCUUAUAGCUGUGGUCAAUGUGGGAAGAGUUUUGUUCGAUCUGGCCAUCUGACAAUACACCAGAGAACACACACAGGAGAAAAACCUUAUAGCUGUGGUAAAUGUGGGAAGAGUUUUGUUCGAUCUGACUAUCUGACAUUACACCAGAGAACACACACAGGUGAGAAAUCUUAUAGCUGUGACUAAUGUGGGAAGAGUUUUACGACAUCUGGCUCUCUGACUUUACACCAGAGAAUACAAACAGGAGAGAAACCUCAUAGCUGUGAUCAGAGAUAAUCUGAUAAACAAUCUCUGAUCAAAUAUCAGAAAAUGUAUACAUGAAGGAGUUGUUUCAUGAUAUCAAUUAAUUAAUGUCACAAUGUAGAAGCCUAAACGUCACCCUGUUCUAUGGAUUUCAGCAUGAUAUAUAUUAGCCUCAGGGGGAAAUCCAGGCUCUGAAAUGGAAGAGUACUAUUUAUGUGAUUUAACAAAAAGUGACUAACAAAAAAGGAGUUGUCCUCUAACCAGGGAUGUUCACAUUAUUCCCAGAUUCUGGGCUGUUAGUUUUAACAGGACGUGCAACCUCAUCUCCCUCCUCUCUCGGCACAAUUGAUUUCGAUGUGAUAUUGUUGAGUGAUGACAAAUAAGUGUUGUGUUUCUUUGUUUUGCGACCCUUAAAUUUAAAUGCAUCACUCCAAAAUGUAGCUGACUGUCUUCUGCAGGUUGUCCUCUAACCAGUGAGGUAAAAUAUAUCUCCCAUUUCCAUGUGUUUUUUAGUUGUGUUAGUUUCAACAGUACGCACAACCUGAUUUUCCCCCCUAAUAGAUAUCAGUUAUUAAUUGCUACUUGUCAAAACAACAGCGUUUUUGGUGCUUGUGUCCGUGGUGAGGACCACUUGGUUCCUGAAUUCCUCAAGGUUGGGCAGUCAAAAAGAUUUGUGUUUUGUUUUUAGCCAAUGCGUUGCCAUGGAUUACAAUUUAUUUUGAAUGCAUGUUUUUCUGUAUUGGAGAUUAGUUGUGUUUGGGCUCGUUCCAAGGGGACGAGAGUUCUAGAAGCUAGUGAGUUUUAGGAAGACGACAUAUAGGGAGAACUGAUUCAAAUAAAAAAAUAAGUUGUUUUUAAAUUGUUGACAGCCAGUAGACACCAUGGUUAUAUUGUAGUUGAUUAUAAUGUGAAAUGGAAGUUGUUUUCUGUUGGUGGUGCGCAUUCUCUUAAGGUGUUACAGUCUUUAGUUUUUCCAUUUAUGUUUUGAGGUUGGACUUUAGCACGUAUAGCUCGUUAGCACGUAGGGCGCACUGAUUGGUGUCACCUCAUUAAUCAGUAUGUGUUACACCUGUAAUGGCUUGUCCAUCUCAUGGUGUUUCAGGUUAUAUUUAAGAGUGUCUGGCCCAGUGCUCUAGUUGUCUUGAUAGAUGUGGAGAGUCAACAUCUUUAGUUGCUCCACCUUUUUGGUUUGCUUCCUGUCUUUAAGUUUGGUGUGGGUUUUUCUUUUAUUUGCCUCUUGUGCAGAUUUAGUGGGUCUCAUGGUGCGUGUCUUUUAUGUCCCAGUUGUUGUUACUAGUCAACUUUCAGUGGACACUGAGAGCAAAACUGCAACAUUAUGUUAUACUUUUAUUGGAUCAAAUGGUUAUUUUUUGCAACCGAAUAGAUGGUUCUUUGAACAAUCUUUGUGACCUACUGAGGAUGGGCCUCUGGGAGUUAACUGACAGGAGAUUUACAAUGUCUUUUGGGUGAUAAAACCUAAAGAGACCGCAUUCCAGAGCAUGAGUUAAUGUUCUAUAUGGUACCGGGGAGAGAUGACCCCAGGGCCAGAACCUGGUCUCUACACAAAGAGUACUGUUUUUACAUGAGAUGCUGUCUGCUGUGAAUUAUAAGUAUCUUUCAUACAAAUCUUAACCUUGUUACCCGUUCUAUACGUCUAUUGUUGGUCAUGUAGGUUGAAAGGGGUGCAUCUUGGCUAUUAAAGACCUUUGUACUUUUGUCUCGUGGCUCUCAACAAAUCAUCUGGGGGUGAUUUGUCGACCAGCCAUCGUUAUUGUAGAGCACUCAAUUGAGUCACUUUAUAUGUGUACGUUGUAUUGACCUGCUCCCUUAUUAUUAAGUGAAUAAAGAUUUAGUUUAAGAAUAA